AUGCCCCGUUCAUACUCGUCCGAUCAUGAUGCAGAGUCUGGUUAUGCCAGCGGUAGUUCGAGUGCCAGCCUUCCUGAGGUUUACUUCUCUCGUCCACACUUGAAGUUCAUCAACCAGCAAUUACAAAACCUCGAGCCUCAAGUUGCAGACAUUCUGAAAUGGUGCAUCAUGACUUUGCCCCGUCUUUUCCAAACCACUGCCUUCGGACUCACUGGACUUGCCAUCAACGACAUGGUGUCAAAGCUCGAUAGCCCUAUCAAGCCUAACAUUGACCUGAUCUAUUUGGACACCCUGCACGCAUUCAAGGAGACCUACGAGCUCGUACAGGCCAUCAAGGACAACUACCCUAGCCUCACCAUCCACACCUACAAGCCUGAGGGUUGUGAAAAUGUAGAAGACUUCAACCGCAAGCACGGCGAGAAGCUGUGGGAGACCAACGAGGAACUUUACGACUAUGUCGCCAAGGUCGAGCCUGCCCAGCGUUCGUAUGCUGAGUUGGGAGUUGCCGCUGUUAUCACUGGUCGUCGCCGCAGUCAAGGAGGCAAGCGUGGUGACCUUGACAUUGUCGAGCUCGACGACGCAGGCAUGAUCAAGAUCAACCCUCUGGCAAACUGGUCUUUCCAACAAGUCAACGAAUACAUCAAGGAGCACAAUGUUCCUGUCAACGCUCUUAUGGCCCAAGGUUACCGUUCAAUCGGUGACUGGCACUCGACUCAGCCUGUCAAGGAGGGCGAGGACGAGAGAGCCGGUCGCUGGAAGGGUCGUAACAAGACCGAGUGCGGCAUCCACAACAAGAAGAGUCGUUACGCUAUGUUCUUGCAAGAGCAGGAGCAGAAGCGUCAAGACGAACUCAGCCAGGCCAUCCAGUCGGGCUUGAACAUCGAGCAGACUGUGUAG